AUGCGGUUAUUGAAAUUUGAUGAGGCGAUAUCAAAUGAGACUGAUGGUGGUAAAAUCUGGGUGUUUUGGAAAAAUGAAUUGGAUGUGCAGGUGGUUCGCAUGAGUUCGCAGUUUGUGUCAUUAUGCAUUACCGAAGGAAGUAAUCAUUUCUUGGGUAAUUUUAUUUAUGCAAAGUGUAAUAGGCUUGAACGACAGCUGCUUUGGGAGGAGUUGAAUUCGGAUAGAAUGGGUGUGGAGCCGUGUUUGUUUACUGGGGAUUUCAAUGUCAUUCGAUCGGAUAUUGAGAGGACUACAUCGGACCAUUGUCCUAUGGUUAUAGAAUUUUUAAGUGAUCCUUUCUCUUAUGGUCCACCUCCAUUUCGUUUUCAGCAAAUGUGGGUUGAGCAUCCGGAUUUUAUGACUUUUGUUCAAAAUGUUUGGUCUGAAUCGGUUAUAGGUUCGGGGCUUUUAAAAUUAGCUACUAAACUUAAAAAACUUAAGGUGGCGUUGCGUGUAUGGAACAAGAGUGUAUUUGGGAGAACUAAUAAUCAGAUUGCUAUUCUUGAAUAUAAGAUUGAGAAUCUGGAAAGUUUGUUGCAGAGAGGUUGGGAUAAUGAUAUUGAAAGGGAAUUAGUGAGGAGUUCUAAUGAGUUGUCUUCUUGGAGGCUUAGGGAGGAUAUUAGAUUGGCACAAAUGGCUAAAAUUAAGUGGAGAAUGGAUGGUGAUAGCAAUACAAAAUUCUUUCAUGUGUGGUUAUCUAAUAAAAAGCAUAGGAAAAUUCAUCAGUUGAGAACUUCGAAUGGGUUGGAGUUUAAUUCUCCGUAA